CCGCUUCCUCCCUCGCUCGCUCCCCGCCUUCCUCCCCUCCUGCCCUGCCCGUCUCGGGCCUCCAGGCCUCGGCUCUCUGGCCGGGUCGGCGCCGAAGCGUCUCCCUCCUCCCCUCCCGGAGGGCUGUAGCGGCUCCCAGGUUCCCGGGACACCGCGGACAAACUUCUGGUGUCUUUCUGUCCCCGUGGCGCUUAUCUGCGCGCAGCUUAUCUCCGAGUUAUCUCGGCGCAAAGGGGCGGGAGCCGGCAGUCGGGCGGGCAGAGAAACUUCUUUCUUGCUAUCUAGCGGAGGUCUGUGUAUGUGUGGGCAUUAAUUUUAGUGUGGUAAUCUCCGCUGAGCCAAAGCGAUUGGAAAAGCAGCCCGGAGGAGACCAGCCCUGCUGCAUUUUGCCUCCCUCCCCCACUCCCUCCGCGUCUCCCUGUCAUUCUUCCUGCUCUCCCCUUUGGGGUGGCCUUGGCUCCGGGGCGGUCUCGCCACCCCCCACCCCGCCCUGCGUUUUCCCCUCCUUUUCUCUGCGCUGCGCCCCACCCCGCUACGUCCGAUUCCGGAACGGUUCGGCUUUUCCGCGGCUGAGGAUGACCGCGGGCUGGGCCGGGGUGGCCGGGCCGGCGUGAGCGCGCGCUGCUGCCUGCAGGCGCGGGCCCUGCGUAAGGAGCUAGAAGUUAGCUUGGAGCGGCGCGGGACCGUGGAUGGCCUUGACUGACGGCGGCUGGUGCCUGCCGAAGCGCUUCGGGGCCGCGGCUACAGACGCGGGCAACUCCGGGGCCUUUCCAGCGCCGGAGCCCUCCACGCCACCUUCCCCCAUCUCUUCUUCGUCCUCCUCCUGCUGCUCCCGGGGCGGGGAGCGCGGCCCCGGCGGCGCCAACCACUGCAGGACGCCGCAGCUCGACUCCGAGGCGGCUGCCGGAACCCCGGCCCGCUCGCUGCUGCUCAGCCCCUACGCUUCGCAUCCCUUCGGGGCUCCCCACGGACCCUCGGCGCCCGGGGUCGCUGGCCCCGGGAGCGCCCUGCCGAGCUGGGAGGACUUGCUGCUCUUCACUGACCUCGACCAGGCCGCGACCGCCAGCAAGCUGCUGUGGUCCAGCCGCGGCGCCAAGCUGAGCCCCUUCGCACCCGAGCAGCCGGAGGAGAUGUACCAGACCCUCGCCGCCCUCUCCAGCCAGGGGCCAGCCGCUUACGACGGCGCGGCCGGCGGCUUCGUGCAUUCUGCGGCCGCGGCAGCAGCGGCCGCGGCGGCGGCGGCCAACUCCCCAGUGUACGUGCCCACCACCCGCGUGGGUUCCAUGCUGCCCGGCCUGCCCUACCUGCAGGGGGCGGGCAGCGGGCCGGCCAACCACGCGGGCGGCGCGGGCGCACACCCCGGCUGGCCCCAGGCCUCGGCCGACAGCCCCCCGUACGGCAGCGGCGGCGGCGCGGCGGGCAGCGGGGCCGCCGGGCCCGGCAGUUCUAGCUCGGCCGCGGCGCACGUCUCGGCGCGCUUCCCCUACUCCCCCAGCCCGCCCAUGGCCAACGGCGCGGCGCGGGAGCCGGGGGGCUACGCGGCUGCGGGCGGCGGGGGCGCGGGCGGCGUGAGCGGCGGCGGCGGCAGCCUGGCGGCCAUGGGCGGCCGCGAGCACCAGUACAGCUCGCUGUCGGCGGCCCGGCCACUGAACGGCACGUACCACCACCACCACCACCACCACCCGAGCCCCUACUCUCCCUACGUGGGUGCGCCACUGACGCCCGCCUGGCCCGCUGGACCCUUUGAGACCCCGGUGCUGCACAGCCUGCAGAGUCGCGCCGGAGCCCCGCUCCCCGUGCCGCGGGGCCCCAGCGCAGACCUGCUGGAGGACCUGCCCGAGAGUCGCGAGUGCGUGAACUGCGGCUCCAUCCAGACGCCGCUGUGGCGGCGGGACGGCACCGGCCACUACCUGUGCAACGCCUGCGGCCUCUACAGCAAGAUGAACGGCCUCAGCCGGCCCCUCAUCAAGCCGCAGAAGCGCGUGCCUUCGUCACGGCGGCUUGGAUUGUCCUGUGCCAACUGUCAUACCACAACCACCACCUUAUGGCGCAGAAACGCCGAGGGUGAACCUGUAUGCAAUGCCUGUGGACUGUACAUGAAACUGCACGGGGUGCCUCGACCUCUGGCUAUGAAAAAAGAGGGAAUUCAAACCAGGAAACGAAAACCUAAGAACAUAAAUAAGUCAAAGACUUGCUCUGGUAAUAGCAAUAAUUCCAUUCCUAUGACUCCAACUUCCACCUCUUCAAACUCAGAUGAUUGCAGCAAAAAUACUUCCCCUACGACACAACCUACAGCCUCAGGGGCGGGUGCCCCGGUGAUGCCUGGUGCGGGAGAGAGCGCCAACCCCGAGAACAGCGAGCUCAAGUAUUCAGGCCAGGACGGGCUCUACAUAGGCGUCAGCCUGGCCUCGCCGGCCGAAGUCACAUCCUCCGUGCGACAGGAUUCCUGGUGCGCCCUGGCCCUGGCCUGAGCCCGCGCUGCCAGGAGGCGGGAGGGCCUCCCUGCGGUUGGGUCUGACUUUGCCCGGCAGUCCAGACAGUGGCGACUGUGCCGACAGAACGUGAUUUUUGUGCCUUUAUUUUGAAAGAGAUGUAUUUCCCAAGAGGCUUGCUGAGAACAGCAAGAGAAGAUGGAGCCGAUCCCCGGAAGGGCCAGAGAACCAGCACGUCUCCUCCUCCCUCAGCCAGGGCCACCUCCAGCCAGCCUGCCUCGGGCUCACCACGGGGCCACUUCCAGAAACCUGGACAGGGACCAGGGCCUUGCCUGCUAAGGACUAUUGAGAGAGAUUUUUUUUUUUUUAAAAAAAAGAUUUUAUGUGUAUUGCCCCAAAUCAUGUGCUUCUUCUGAUUGAUGUUGGUUAUUUCAGAAUUUCUUCGUACCUUUUCCACAUCCAAAUUUCUUUUUUUUGUGAAGAAUACCAUGACACACGUCCAAAUUUCACAUGCGUUCACGGAGAAGAUCGUUUGAGGCCAUUUGUUUGGUACACAGCUCUGGAGGCUGCGCCUGUGCGUGAGGUCUCUUGUCCAGAACAUCACUCAGUUUGCGAGACUGCGUUGUAACUGUAACGUACACUGUGCCUGAGGUUUCUCGAAGUUCAUGUCGGGUGACUGAUCUGAAGCCAGUCGGGAUUUGUAAACAGGGUAGCAAGUGAGAUAUUUUUCUUCCAUGUAUACAAUAAUUUUUUUAAAAAGUGCAAUUUGCGUUGCAGCAAUCAGUGUUAAAUCAUUUGCAUAAGAUUUAACAGCAUUUUUAUAAUGAAUGUAAACAUUUAACUUAAUGGUACUUAAAGUAAUUUAAAAGAAAAAAUGUUAACUUAGACAUUCUUAUUGCUUCUUUUACAACUACAUCCCAUUUCUAUACUUCCAAUUGUUAAAGAAAAAUAUUUCAAGAACAAAUCUUCUCUCAGGAAAAUUGCCCUUUCUCCAUUUGUUAAGAAUUUUUAUACAAGAACACCAAUAUACCCCCUUUAUUUUACUGCGGAAUACAUGCUGGAAAAAUUGCAACAAAACCUUACUACCUAACGGAUAGCAUUUGUAAAUACUUUAGGCAACUGUAAACACUCUGAUGAAGUCUGUACAGUAUGACUAACCCACAGGCAGGUUGGUUUACAUUAAUUUUUUUUUUAAUGGGAUGUCAUAUGGAAACCUAUUUCACCAGAGUUUUAAAAAUAAAAAGGGUAUUGUUUUGUCUUCUGUA